AUGGAGAUGUCAUAUUUUGCAUGUUAUAAUGUAACGUUGAGUGCUUCAAACAAAAUCUGGAUGACUGAUGAUGUUAUGAUAAAACGCAUUCCUCUUUUGUCUCUCCAAAUUGCUUAUAAUAUUUUGGCUUCUCGUCUUUUCUACUUCAUCCUCAAGCCCCUUCAUGUGCCCCUCAUUGUUGCACAAAUGCUUGCUGGUUUUGCUUUGAGUCCAACACUGUUUGGAAGAUUCGAACAAGUAUUCACCUUGUUUUAUGGGCAACAUGGUAUCCUAGCCAUUGAAACCUUUUCAAACUUGGGAAUUAUGUACUAUGUGUUCCUUAGUGGUUUAGAGAUGAAUUCAGAAACCAUCUUAAGAUCGAGAAAGAAAGGCACAAGCAUUGCAGUUGCAGGCAUUGUAACUUCAAUGUUAUUUGGUGUUGGACUUUUUACAUUACAACACAAACUUGAAGAUAAUGAAGAUAUGAUAUCACGAAAACCAAACAAACAAAAUCAAGCCUAUUUGUUUUGGUGUUUAGCUCUUUCUGUAACAGGUUUUCCAGUUCUUGCAAGAAUCCUUGCUAAUCUUAAACUCUUAUAUACAAAGCUUGGCAAAGAUGCAUUAACAGCAGCUAUGUUAACUGAUGUAUAUGGUUGGGUUUUGUUCACAUUAUUGAUUCCUUAUUCAAACAAUGGUGGAAAACCAUAUCUCUCAGCAAUCACUACCUUGUUGUUCAUAGUUUUUUGUUUUACUGUGGUGAGACCUAUCCUUGUUCCUAUUAUUGAACACAAAACAAGCACCAACACAUGGCGCAAGUCACACAUAUUGGACGUGUUGAUGGGAGUGUUUAUUUGUUCAUACAUUACUGAUUUUCUUGGCACACAUCCUAUUGUUGGAGCUUUUGUGUUUGGACUAAUAUUGCCUCAUGGAAAGUUUGCUGAUAUGGUGAUGGAAAUGUCUGAUGAUUUUGUUUCUGGGAUUCUAUGUCCUGCCUUUUUUUCUGGAUUUGGAUUUAGACUCAACUUGCCUUAUCUUUGGAAGCAACAAAAUUCUGGUUUAAUGUUGUUGAUUAUGCUUUUGUUAUGCAUCCCAAAAGUUUUGAGCUCUUUAAUUGUUACUUUCUUCUUCGGUAUGCCGGCUCGAGAUGGCCUUGCCAUUGGACUGCUUCUCAACACCAAGGGCAUCAUGGCAGUCAUUCUACUAAAUGUUGCUUGGGACAAAAGGAUUUUGGAGCCAUAUGCUUUCAUGGUUAUGAUGAUGGCUAUUAUAGUAAUGACAGUGAUCGUCUCUCCUUUGAUCAAUGCUAUAUACAAACCCAAAUUUCGAUUCAUGCAAUCUCAAUUAAGGACAGUGCAAAAGCUAAGGUUCGAUAUGGAGCUUCGAGUCGUCGCUUGUGUCCACAAUGCUAAACAAUCCUAUGGCAUGAUCAAAGUCCUUGAAGCCAUAAAUGCUAGCAGAGUUUCACCUGUACAUGUCUCUGCAGUUCAUCUCGUUGAACUCACAAGACAUGGCACUGCUAUUCUUGUUUCCCAAAUGGACAACACUAUUGGAUCACAAGCAGAGUUUGAGACAAUAACUGAUAUAUUUGAAGGAUUUACACAACAAUACAAUGCUGUUAGAUUUGACACAUCAAGUGUUGUAUCAUCCUAUGCAACUAUCCAUGAAGACAUAAACAAUGUAGCUGAAGAGAAACGUGCAAGCAUAAUUCUUCUUCCCUUUCACAAAGAGUACAUAACAUCAGAAAGUUCUAUAGAAAUAAACAACAAUGAACAUUGUGAGAUAAACAAAAAUGUUCUUCAACAAGCGCCUUGUUCGGUAGGAAUCUUCGUGGAUCGUGGUCUAGGAUCAUUGUCAAAAACAAACAUGAGAAUCAUAACAAUCUUCAUUGGAGGGUCUGACGACCGCGAAGCGUUGUCUAUCGCGUGGAGAAUGGCAAGGCAUUCGGAAACACAAUUACAUGUUGUUAGGAUCCUUUUGUUAGGUAAAGCAGCAGAAAAAGCAAAAGAGUUGAAAACAAGCAAAACCAAAAGUAAUGGAAUGUUGUCAACAGUUAUGGAUGAUGUGAUGCAGAAAGAGUUGGAUGAAGAGUACAUACUUUCCUUCAGGCUCAAGGCAGUGAACAAUAAUGACUCUAUUGUUUACUCAGAGAGGGAAGUGCAUUCAGACAAAAGUGAAGAGAUUCCAACACUUCUGAAUGAGAUUGACAAACCUGGAUAUGACUUGUACGUUGUUGGACAAGGGAGUGGUAAGAACUCACCUGUUUUUUUAAGGUUGUUGAAAUGGUGUGACCAUCCAGAACUUGGUGUUAUAGGUGACAUAUUGGCUUCAACAAGUUUUGGAACACACUCUUCUGUGCUUAUUGUGCAGCAGUAUCUGCCAGGGAGAAAACGUGUUGUUAGGAAAUGUCAUCGUGAAAUCAAAAGUGGUCCUGAGAUUUUAUAAAAAUAUAUAUUCGGAAAAUUAGCAGUAAU